GAUAAGCAUGAACGAUUUUUAUAUUUUUUCAUAAUAAAUAGGACAAGCUAUAUUUUUUAUUUAAUGACAGACUCGAUCGUUACUAAAAUUCAUAUGGUUAUCGUCAUACAGACUUCAUUCUCUGAAUAUUCUGUAGAACUCAUGAGGAUACGCCUGAACGAUGUAAACAAGCUCUCAAAAUCUCUGUCUAUACCGGCAGUCCUAUUUACCGAUAGGGAUAGGUACAAAUGGGAAGAAAAGGUAAAAGUAAACCCGUGUUUAGCAACACAAAAAUUCAACGUGCAUUUACCAUCGGCAGAUACGUUAUGACCGUCGCCGUUCCCGCGACCGUGACCGUUGCAGUUCAGUCGAUACAUUAUUUUUAUAGAUCUAUAAAUUUCGAUUAUACUAUCUGUGUACUCUCAUGUCUGUCAAUAAUUGUGGCGUAAUACGUAUUUCACGUAUUGUGAUCAAGAGGUUAUCUAAUUCAAUGGCGGGAUAAUUUUACGUUUUUAAAUAUUUAACGGUUGUUCGUAUUACUUCUAGUCUGUGGAUUUAUUAA